AUGUCUCAGGAGAAACUUCAAUCCAAAGGUUCUCAGUCUCCUAGUGAUGCAGCCUCACAACAGUGCCUAUCUCAGCCAGCCCAUAGCCUCACGUGCGAGAAUACGCUCCUGGAGCUAGGCACAAACUCCGACGAUGGCUUGACAAGCAGAGAAGUUAAGCAACGACUUGAAAAAUACGGUCAAAAUCUGUUGGAAGGCGAUGAGGGGGUCUCCUUUGCCAAAAUUGUCAUUCGACAAGUCGCAAAUGCAAUGAUGCUAGUGCUCAUCAUUGCUAUGGCUGUCAGCUUCGGUAUUCGAUCCUGGAUUGAAGGAGGAUUUGUUGCUGCAGUGAUCGCUCUGAAUAUUGUCGUGGGAGUAUACCAGGACUUUGCGGCCGAAAAGACCAUGGAUUCUCUACGAUCCCUUAGUUCUCCUACGGGAGUGGUAACUCGUGAUGGAAAAACAAUCACUGUCCCUGCGAAUGAAAUUGUCCCCGGAGAUAUGGUGGAAUUGAAAGUUGGAGAUACAGUUCCUGCAGAUCUUCGAUUGGUUGAAGCCUUUAAUUUUGAAACCGACGAGGCUCUUUUAACAGGAGAGUCCCUUCCAGUUCAGAAAGAUGCCGAAGCCACCUUCGACACUAAUACCGGCCCUGGCGAUCGGCUGAACAUCGCUUAUAGCUCGUCAACCAUCACUCGGGGGCGUGCUCGGGGUGUUGUCGUCGGUACCGGCAUGAAAACUGAAAUCGGCGCUAUCGCUGCAGCUCUUCGUGGAGGUGACUCAAAGCGACGCCCAGUUAAGCGAGGGCCCGAGGGUGAAACCAAAAAGCGCUGGUAUCUCCAAGCAUGGACGUUGACCACCACCGAUGCGAUCGGACGCUUCCUAGGAAUCAACGUUGGUACUCCGCUACAACGCAAAUUAUCAAAAUUAGCGCUUCUCUUGUUUGGCAUUGCGGUCAUUUUCGCAAUUGUUGUCGCAGGCUCAAAUAGCUGGCGAGGAGAUAGCGAGGUAAUCAUUUAUGCAGUUGCGACUGGUCUUGCUAUGAUACCUGCUUGUUUAGUGGUUGUUCUCACAAUUACCAUGGCUGUCGGAACGCGUCAGAUGGUGCAGCGGCAUGUCAUCGUUCGGAAGCUAGAUUCCUUGGAAGCCUUGGGAGCCGUGACAAAUAUCUGCUCGGACAAGACUGGUACGCUCACUCAAGGUCGCAUGGUUGCCAAGCGCGCCUGGAUUCCUUCAAUUGGGACUUAUUCGGUGGGAUCAUCCAAUGAUCCCUUGAAUCCUCAUGAGGGCGAUUUGAGCUUGACUCCAGAGCCCCCGAUUAAAAUUGAACCUGAGUUGCAGGCUGGUACACCAACAUCGCCGGAGGAGCUUCUAGGGGACAACGAACUGUUGAAAUCCUUCUUGAAUGUCGCUGCCAUGGCCAAUCUUGCACAUCUGCAUAAAGAUGCCAAUGAUGAAUGGCAAGCCCGUGGAGAACCCACAGAUAUCGCCAUCCAAGUCUUUGCAUCCCGGUUUCAUUGGGGCAUUGAUCGCUGGACCAAGGGCGAGAAGCCUACCUGGUACCAAAAGGCGGAGUAUCCAUUUGACUCGACAGUGAAAAAGAUGUCGGUCAUGUUUUCUAAAUGUGACAAUGGUUCAGAGAAAACCUCCGAAAUGAUCUUCACUAAAGGAGCGGUUGAAAGAGUUCUCGAUACAUGCACAACAAUCACCUGGAAGAAUGGGUCUGUGCCUGUGCCUCUAAAUGAGGAAAUUCGCGACGAAAUUUUACAGAAUAUGGAGGCUCUUGCGAAGGAAGGUCUUCGGGUGCUUGCCCUAGCUGGUCGUGAAAAUGGACUUAACAGCAAAGAAGACAAAGAAUCCCUUCCACGAGAGGAAAUAGAGAAGGAGUUGGUAUUUUAUGGACUAAUAGGUCUGUAUGAUCCUCCUCGACCUGAAACUGCGGGCGCAAUCGCCCAGUGUUAUAAAGCCGGUAUCUCCGUUCAUAUGGUCACCGGUGAUCAUCCGGGUACAGCACGUGCUAUCGCGGCCCAGGUUGGUAUCAUUCCGUCAAAUAUGGAUAUGAUCGCGAGGGACGUGGCUAGUGCCAUGGUGAUGACUGCAGGAGAGUUUGAUAAACUCACUGAAGAUGAAAUCGACAAUCUCCCUACACUGCCGUUGGUUAUUGCUCGCUGUGCUCCAAAUACAAAAGUCCGCAUGAUUGACGCUCUGCAUCGUCGUGGUUGCUAUGUCGCAAUGACCGGUGAUGGUGUCAAUGACUCGCCGUCAUUAAAGCGGGCGGAUGUCGGUAUUGCUAUGGGCCAGAACGGCUCCGAUGUUGCCAAAGAUGCCUCAGAGCUGGUCCUUACUGACGAUAACUUUGCUUCUAUCAUUAACGGCAUUGAAGAAGGACGUCGAAUCUUCGACAAUAUCCAGAAAUUUGUUCUGCAUUUGUUGGCCGAGAACGUCGCACUGGCGUUGACUUUGCUUAUUGGUCUGGCCUUUAAGGAUGACACCAAUCAGUCUGUGUUUCCGAUUGCUCCAGUUGAAAUCAUCUGGAUUAUCAUGAUUACUUCAGGCCUGCCUGAUAUGGGAUUGGGAAUGGAAGCAGCCGCCCCAGAAGUUAUGGAUCGCCCACCACAGAGUAAACAAGGCAUUUUCACUUGGGAGAUUAUCAUAGACACGCUCGUGUAUGGCGUCUGGAUGGCAGCCCUGUGUCUAUCCGCCUUCGCCCUCGUUAUGUUCCGCUGGGGCGACGGAAAUCUUGCUAUGGGAUGCAACACGCAAUACAACGAUCCAAACACUGAUUAUACUUGUGACACUGUGUUCCGUGCACGCGCCACUACCUUCACAUGUAUGACCUGGUUUGCUCUCUUCCUGGCAUGGGAAAUGAUGAACUUGCGCCGAAGUUUCUUCCGAAUGCAGCCCGAUUCCAAGCGCUAUUUUACCCAGUGGAUGUACGAUAUCUGGAACAACCAGUUCCUGUUUUGGGGUAUCAUGGCUGGCUUUGUGCUCGCCUUCCCCAUCAUAUAUAUCCCGGUGAUCAAUCACAGUGUCUUUAAGCACUCGGCUAUUUCGUGGGAAUGGGGGAUUGUCUUUGUCGAGACAGUACUCUUCUUCGCUGGUAUCGAGUUUUGGAAGUGGUGUAAACGGGCUUACUUCCGCCGCCAGGCAUACAAAGAAAAGAAGAACGGUAUGGACGUACUUCAGGGCGAGCGUCGAGGACUAAAAGACUUUAGUCGAUAUACCACUAUGAGCCGUUCAGAGACUCAGGCAGACACUGAAACAAAGGUUGAACAGUCUUUGGUGUGA